AUGAUCUCAAACAAGGAAAGGAACAUAGGAGAUAGCCAUAGCGAGGGAAGCAUUGAUAAUGAAUUAAAACACAUGAAAGAGAACAUAAGAACAAAGCUGCUUGACGCCUUAAAGAAAGCACAUAAUUUGAAAAAAAGGACGAGGCUAAAAAAAAUUAACGUAAACAGGACAACUCUUAAGAGAACUUCGUUGGCAGAUAAAGUAUUAGGAAUUAUAAUAAAAGAACGAAGGGAAUGGACCUUAUCAGAGUUUAAUGAACUAAUUUAUACAGCAGCAUCUGUGGUAGCUGGUGAAAAUGAAAGAAAAAGUCCAUACAGAUCGAAUCUGUGUGAACCGAGGUGGAAAAUAAGAAUACGAAAAUGCAUUGAGUCUUAUCGCAGUGAAUUGGCUAUUUUAUAUGAAUUUAAAAAUGACGUACCUACCCGAAAGGUGCUUUCCAAAGUUGACGGAAUUUGCAAAAAGUAUAAAAUUGACGAAACAAUCGAAGAACUGGAAUUAAAAGUAAAAAUGAAAUUACUUGACAAAAGUCAACGGUUACGCAGAUAUUCAAAAAGGGCUGAUCAUUACUACCAAAAUAAAAUUUUCAAUGAAGACCCGAAAAAGUUCUACUGA